ACCCUAUUUUUCCCGAGUGUGUGGCGCUGGCGUCGCAUCAAACAGAUUGUUCGCUCAGCGAUGUUUCGGCGUCUCUGCGCCGGCGUCCACCGUCAACUUCAAGUGACCGUCACUCUCUGCCAUCGUCGGACCGCUGCCGCCUCGAGUCCACACUUUCUGGGAUUCGUCAAACCCUAUUAUGCUUCCUCCGUCAGCGCCGACGAUCCCUCAUCCCCGACCGCCUCCUUUCUGUCGAGAUCGUGCGGGAUCUCCGACCAUGCCGCCUUCUCCAUCUCCAAGAAAGUCCCGAUCGACGCCCUCGACCAAGCGCUCCGGGUGCUCGCCCUCCUCAAGGACUACGGCUUCGACGAAGCCCAUCUCGUCCGCCUCGUCGACCGCUUUCCUCGUGUCCUCCUGAUGGACGUCAAGAAGACCUUGAAGCCCAAGCUGGAGCUCUUCCGCGGGAUCGGCCUCGUCGGAACCGACCUCCCGGAGAUCCUGUCAGCUAGGCCCGUUCUGCUCAGGUACAGCGUAGAGAAGCGAUUGGUCCCCAACUCUGAGCUCCUCAAAUCAAUUUCGAUAACGAAUGCGAACCUUGUGGAUGCCCUAAAGCACUCACCUUGGUUGAUCACCUUCGGCACCGGCACUACCCUUCUUCCCAAGGUCGAUGCUCUCCGCGCAUACGGCGUACCCAAUGAAGUAAUCUUACUGCUUUUGACCCGUUACGGCCACGCUUUGGUGACAGAUACAGAUCGAUUCAAUGAGACCUUUGAUGAGAUAAAGAAGAUGGGAAUCUCACCGAAGAGAACCACGUUCGCCCGUGCCCUCGGGGUGCUCGCUAUCUUGCCCAAGAAGAAGUGGGAGGAGAUAGUGGAGAACUUGAGGGGAUUGGGAUGGUCGCAGGAUCUUGUCUCGGAGGCCUUCGCAAAGCAACCUCACCUUGCGCGGGUAUCAAUUGAGAAGACAACGAAGAUUGUGAAGUUUUUGGAAGAGAAGCUGGCAUGGACACCGGAGGACAUUGUGAAGUAUCCAGCUGUUCUGUUGAUGAGCCUGGAGAAAAGGUUGAUGCCCAGGUAUGCCGUCCUGCACAUUCUCAUGCAAAGGGGAUUGAUCAAGCCUGGCGUCAGUGGGAAUCAUUUCCUGGUUUCGAACGAGAAGUUCAGGAUGCAAUUUGUGACCAAGUAUCAAGAGAAAGCUCCAGAAAUAGUCGAAGCUAUCAACGGAGUGGAAUCGGGUAGAUGAUAACAAUGUGUUCUUGACAAAUUUGCUAACAAGCAAACUCUGCUGUAAGAUAAGCCAAUUGUAUGCAGGCAAGGUUGAGUUGUUGCAUGCAUCUUUGCUAGAUUUUGUUGUGUUAACUUAAACUCAGUUGAUAGCAUGUUACUUGUUGCUUAGAGUA